UUUUUUUGGAGUGGAGGUGUCUGUCGUUUCUUUUUUACAGUUUUAGUAAUCCUGUUCACCACCACCACCACCACCACCACCACCACUAUUUAUACAACUUGUCCUUUAACUUCUCAUCUUUUGUCAUCGUCAUCUUAUAGGACUAUCACACGCUAUCAAUACUAAACAUCUUCAAUAUGGACUCGUCAGGGAAUAUAUCUCCUGAAAGCGUUGGGUCUCCCUUAGCUAGUUUUUAUUACCCUCAUUUAUCACCAUAUUCAACCACAAGUGAUAUAAGUUCCACAUCAAUAUUUUCAGCUCCAUCUCCAAAUGGUCUUCAUCUAACUCCUGAAGAAGAACAAAUCUUAUUACAAUCUACUCAAGAUCAUAACUUGAACUUUCAUCAUCUUGACCAAGAUCAACAUCAUCAUCAUAAUCAUAAUCAUAAUCAUUUACCUCCUGCUCCAGUCUCAUUACCUUCAUCAAUAAUACCUCAACUGGAUUUCAAUUAUCCAUCUCAAGAUCAAUCAAAUACUCAAAUAAAUCAAUCUCAACUUAAUCAUGACUUCAUCCCUCUUCCUCAACCUCCAACUACUACUAGUACCACCACCUUAAAAUCAAGAGUUAAAAAGGAUUCAAAACGUAAACCAAAAAUUGUACCAAAGAUUGAACCAGGCACUACCACCUCUUUAUCAUCUAAUAAACGUAAAAAGUCAAUUAUAUCAAAUUCAAAUGAUAAAUCUUCAAGAUCAAGAUCAAGAUUUGGUUGUGAAGAAUGUAAAUCAAAAAGAAUUAAAUGUGAUGAAAUUAAACCAAGAUGUUCAAGAUGUAAAUCAAGAGGUAUUAAAUGUAAUUAUAAAAUUAUUCUUAAAUUUAGAGAAGAUUUAGAACAUCAAGGUAAAAAAUUCGGUAGAGAAGGUGUAUGGUUUAAACAAAAGGAAAAUGCUAAUAAUGCUCAAUCAUCAACUGAUUUAAUCUUAAAAUCAAAAGAUUCAUACUAUAAAAAUAUUAAAAAUAUUAAUCAAUUAAAAUUUAUUAAUUUCUUUUAUCAAGAUCUCAUCCGAAAUAAAAAUUAUUACGCCAAUUAUAAAUUAAGUUGUUCGUUACAAUCAUCAAUCAUCCCUGUUGAUAUUUUAAAUUCAAAUCUUAUAAGUGAUGAUCCUUCAAGUUUAAAUUUCGCUUUAACCUAUUAUAUCAAUUUUAUCUCCCCUAUUUUAAAUCCAGUAGGUAAUCAAACCAAAUAUUUCAAUUUAACUUCAAAUAAAUCAAAUAAAUAUAUCGUGGUUCAAAAAGGUUUGGAUUUAUCUUCAUUAGUACAAUAUUCGCAAAAUAAUAAUAAUCUUUUUUAUUUAAUUCUUUCCCUUGGAUCAAUUUAUUUAUCAAAAUUAAAUGGUGGAGCAAAUAAUGAACAAGAUUGGGUUGCUAAAUCUAAAUUAUUUCAAAAUUUAGGUAUUGAAAGAAUUAAACAAGAUUUAGAUAAUCUUUUCUUAAAUGAAGAUUCACCCAUCAUCCCAGAAAAAAUCUUUAAAACAGAUGUAUUAAUCUCCUUAACAUUAUUGAUUCUUUAUGAAUUAGCUAAUGAUUGUAAUCCUCAAUGGACAAUCUAUUUAAAAAUGUGUAAGAAAAUUUUACAUUCUUCAAAAUUCAAUUUACCUCAUGAUUCAAUGGAAUAUUCCUUAUUGAAAUUCGCUUUGGAAUUCUUAGAUUAUCAAGAAUCAAUCGGUAGAACAGCUUGUAAAGAUGAAAAUUCAUUCUUCUUAGUAUUUGAAGAAGAAGCUGAAAAGGAUCAAUCUCAAUCUCCUACUCCACCCACUGAAUUAAUCCCUAAAAGUCAAUAUACUCCAACUCCAGUUGAACAAGUAACUCUUGUAUCUUGGAUGGGUUGUGAUAAACGUUUAAUGCAAGUCAUUUCUGAUAUCACUGAUUUAUCAUUCGAAAGAUAUAAUGCCGGAAUAACCGAAGCCAAUUAUUUAACGCUUUGUCAAGAUAUGAGACAAAGAUUAGAUAAAAUGAGUCUUAAUAUGAUGGAUUCUUUAUUAUUUGAUAAAUCAACUUAUUCAUCCACAUCAACUUUCAAUUCUACUGAACCAAGUACUCCUCGUGAAGCGGAAAUGUGUCUUAUUGAAUCGGAAAUGGAAGUGGAAGAAUUUUGCUUUUUAUUGUCGUGUGAAAUUAAAAGAUUGGCUACCAUUGUAUAUUUGGAAAGUUGUCUUUUAAACAAGACUCCUGAAGAUGAAUUAGUUCAAAGAUUAGUAAGACAAAUCUUUACUUUAUUGGAAUUCAUUGUCAUUAAGAAUGAUUUUAAAUGGUAUUCAACUUUAAUUUGGUCAGUAUUCAUUGCUGCUUCGGAAAUAAGUUCCUUAUGUGAAGAAAGUGAAGAAUUAAGAUAUAUCACCUUACAAAUCUUGGAUCUUUUAGAAUCAAAUACUUUAGGUAAUAUCGGAAGAACGAGAAAGAUUAUCAUGGAUAUUUGGAAAAGAAGAGAUUUAGAUAAUAGUGAUGAAAAUAGUUUUGGAUAUGUCAGAAAAACUAUUGAAGAAGGCGGAGAUGGUAAAAAUGCCAUUGCCAAACGUGGAUUAUACUUGGGAUUUCAAAAUGAUUGGGAAAAAUACGUGGUUGAUGAAGAUUAUGCUAUUUCAUUAGCAUGAUCUAAACUAACUCAAACCCAAUUAACAAUAUUAGAAUUUAACGAAUUUUUAACGACAAUAAUUAUAAUGAAAAAUGGAAACAAAAUCAAUGUUUACAGUUACUUGCUGACUUACUACUGCAACAAUUAGUGCCAUAACUAUUUCAAUGACCUUUAUGGUGCCAAAACAAAAUAACUUAUAUAUUUCAAAAAAAUAAAAAUACCCCCCAAAAAAAAGGAAAAAGAUGUUUAACAAAAAAAUACAAACUCACAUAUGAUACAUUCGUUAAUUUAACGACGACAACGUACUAUCACAAUACGAGACAUACGAAUGAAUUUACUUAAUCGCUAAAUUCCCAUGCUAGCAUUUUUUCAUGUUUUAUUUAUUAUAUAGGAUUUUUUA